AUGUAUGGUGUUACCAAGAUACUUGGGAUUCAGGGUGGGUAUAGAGGUUUCUACGCUCGGAAUACCAUCGACUUGACUCCAAAGAGUGUAAAUGACAUUCACAAAAGGGGCGGAACUAUUCUUGGCUCGUCACGAGGAGGCCAUGACACCAUGAAGAUUGUUGAUAGCAUUCAGUACCGUGGUAUAAAUCAGGUGUAUGUUAUUGGUGGUGAUGGUAGUCAAAGGGGUGCAGGAGUGAUUUUUGAAGAGGUCAGAAAGCGUGGUCUCAAAGUUGCUGUUGCUGGCAUUCCUAAGACUAUUGAUAAUGACAUCCCGGUAAUUGAUAAGUCCUUUGGUUUCGACAGUGCAGUCGAGGAAGCUCAACGUGCCAUAAAUGCCGCUCAUGUAGAGGCUGGAAGUGCUGACAAUGGAAUAGGCCUUGUAAAGCUAAUGGGACGAUACAGUGGUUUCAUCGCACAUUAUGCCACCCUAGCAAGCAGAGAUGUGGAUUGUUGCUUGAUUCCGGAGUCACCUUUCUAUCUGGAAGGUGAAGGUGGGCUCUUCAAAUAUAUAGAAAAGCGUCUGAAGGAGAAUGGCCAUAUGGUCAUUGUCGUUGCGGAGGGUGCAGGACAGAAACUUAUUGCCGAAAACAUGAAGGAAAUGGGGCAAGAUGCUUCUGGCAACGCACUGCUUCUUGAUGUUGGUCUUUGGUUGUCUCAGAAGAUAAAUGAGCAUUUCAAGAAAAACAAGACAACCAUAAAUCUGAAGUACAUAGAUCCUACAUACAUGAUACGCGCCAUUCCUAGCAACGCAUCGGAUAAUGUUUACUGCACAUUGCUGGCUCACAGUGUGGUCCACGGAGCCAUGGCUGGAUACACCGGUUUCACUGUCGGCCAAGUAAACGGCCGGCACUGCUACAUUCCCUUGUACAGGAUCACAGAGAAGCAGAACAAGGUCUCGAUAACUGACAGGAUGUGGGCAAGGCUUCUCUCCUCCACCAACCAGCCGAGCUUCCUCAGCAAGCAAGACGUCGACGAUGCCAAGGUCGAGGACGAGAGGACAGCCAAGCUCUUGGACGGCUCGCCUUCGAACCCCAAGGUCGAAGAUAAAGUCCGCAUCGAUUAG